GUCUGCGGGUCAUGGGAAACCUUAUUAAGGUUUUGGGCAAAGAUUUAGAAAAUUGUCCUCAUUUUUUCCUGGAUUUUGAAAAAUUUCUUGAGCCUGAGCCUCCUGUGUGUGAGUAAAGUUAAAUUCACAGAACUGGAAAUAAAACUUCUAAAGUAUCAGAUGGGGAAUCUUCUAAAAGUCUUGUCUUAUAACGACCUAGAACAGUGUCCCACUUUUUUCCUUGACUUUGAACAUGCUCAGCCCACAGAGGCAGAAACAGCAGUGUGGAAUCAAGUGAACUCUGUUCUGGAAGAGGCACAGGGUGUCCUGGCUGAACUACAGUCAUACAGGGGAGCUGGACAGGAGAUAAGACAGGCAAUACAAAAUCCUUUGGACUUGCAUCUGCAGGAGGAGGCUUGGCGCUCUGUGUGUCCUCUGGUAGCCAAACUCAAGCGCUUCUAUGAGUUCUCCCUUCGACUCGAGAAUGCCCUGCACAGCCUCCUGGAAGCUCUCACAUCUCCUCCAUAUGCACCAACUCAACACCUGGAACGAGAGCAGGCUUUGGCAAAACAAUUUGCAGAGAUUCUGCACUUCACUCUUAGCUUUGAUGAACUCAAGAUGACAAACCCUGCGAUACAAAAUGAUUUCAGUUAUUAUAGGCGGACUGUCAGUCGUAACCGACUUAACAACUUUCAGGUGGACCCAGAAUGUGAUGUAAAUAAUGAGAUGGCCAAUCGCAUGUCUUUGUUCUAUGCUGAUGCAACUCCCAUGCUGAAAACCCUCAGCAGUGCAACAACCAAGUUUGUGUCCGAGAACAAAUCUUUGCCUAUUGAAGACACCACAGACUGCCUGAGCACCAUGGCAUGCGUAUGUAGAGUCAUGUUAGAGACACCUGGAUACCGCAGCCGUUUCACCAGCACUGAGACACUGCUGUUCUGCAUGCGGGUAAUGGUUGGAGUUAUUAUUCUGUAUGAUCACGUUCAUCCAGUUGGAGCGUUUGCCAAAACCUCUAAAAUUGAUAUGAAAGGUUGUAUAAAAGUGCUGAAGGACCAGCCAUCCACUAGCACAGAAGGACUUCUCAAUGCUCUAAGAUAUACAACUCGUCACCUGCACGAUGAUACCACAUCCAAGCAGAUCCGAGCUCUGCUUCAGUGAGGCACAGUAUGAGAUUUCCCCUGCACUGCCACUGUGUUGAAGAGGGGUCUGUGUCUGUCUGUCUGAGUGGGUACCUCAUUCCUGCCUCCCUGCAUCUCUAGAAUAUGCUCUGCUGGAAGAAAUUGACCUGCUCUGCAGAGCUCUGUGUAUGCCGUUUAUGUGCGGGGUCCUGUGCACAAUACUGCUGUGCAGGAAAGCAUUUCCGUGCAGAGAAUUCUGCAGGUGUUCUUUCUGCAGAUUCCUGAACAUAUUGGUACUCUGCAUAAUGUUGCGCAUAUAACUGCACAGAAUCUGGUGUGUGGUACCAUGCAAAGUUCGAUUCUCUAAUCUCUAAAUAUAUUCUCUCUGCAAAGAUUCUUCCUAAUUUAGCUAGUCUACUGUUCAUAUCACCUUUCUGUGGGAUCUACUCUAAGUAUGGUCCUGCAAAGACCUCUGCACACCACAACUAUGCAGAGAAUCACAAUAUACAUCAUAAUCAGAUGUAUCUUCCAAAAAAUAAACUAUAUGGGAAAUCAAUACUUAACUGGAAUGACAAGAUUACAUUAACACCAAUGAUGCUUACACCAUGGGAAGAUUGUUAAUCAUUCAGUUAUAGUUUUGUAAUUGUUUUAUUUAAAAGGAAAUAUCUGGUAACCCUACAGUAUGUGCGUAACAUUACUCUGCAGAGUCCUACAUACAUCCCUGCUCUGUAUAGUCACAUGUAUGUUGCUAUUCUUCACAGUGUAUCAGUUUUGUGCCAAGCCGGACAUCACUGCUGUGUAGGCUCUGUUAAGGAUCAGAAGAGGACAAUUCUCCUACACUCCUGUUCUAAUUAAUUCCCUGAGUUCAAGUGUGUAUUACCAGAUUUAAGAGGUUUCUGUAUAUCACUUCUGUGCAGAGUUCUGAUAUGUGCAUUACUCUUAUGACGUCUGUGGAAAUCCUGUAUAGAUCUACGCAGCACAGCUGUAAUUAUAUGUACUGUUGUACCAG